AAGAUAUGAGAAAAUUAGGCAAAGUACAAUGAAAGUAUCAAAAGUGAUAUCAGGAUGUUUCGUCCGAAAUCACUUCCCUAUAUAGUAGCUUUCAGACUACAUAGAACAUAUUUUCAGCGGUCGUGACGUAAUUACUGAUUCAGAAUAAAUAUGCGAUUUCAGACACAGCGAGAGUCUUCUGAGGUGAGCAGUUCACGAUAUUAAAGGGGUCAUGAACUGGCUUUUUAAAUUUUAUUAUAUUGUUGUCUGAGGUCAAUGUUAUGUUUUUUUCAACCAUGCACUUAACAUUUUUUAAUCAAGGUUUUUUUUUUAUUUUUUUUUUUAUUGUGCUUGUUCAGGUGUCAAACUUGUGAAAAGUAGCCAAGAUGUGGACCUCUCAGAUAAAGAAAACUAUUUUUUUUUUUAAUUCCCAAAUCACCACAUUUGUCCGUAAGACCCGCCUUGAGGGUUAAAUAAAUUAAAAACUGUCCAAUGUAAAUCCCUUUUCAGCCUACACAUGAUUGAGAUUGAAUUAUUGUUUACUUUAACUUUUAGAGUUAUUUUAGUGUAUGUUAUAAAUGUUAUUUUUGUAUGAAUUGUUCUUUUGUAAGAAUUGGCGCGUUUUUCUCGCAUCACCGCGCUGACGUCAUCAUUAGUUUCCUUCCUCGUUCAGCGCGUUUGUUGUGUCUUCUGAGGUAAGUUCUGCAGGUCAGAUAUUUCGCGUAUUUACACACCCAUAAAUACAGAGUUUACACGGUUUGUUUCAGCAACAUUUAAUGGGUUUUUUCGGUAUUGUUUUCAUCGGAUAAAGCGCCAAAUGUGCGUCUUUUCUGGCGACUGUAGACUGGUGUAGUUUUUGAUUUAGCAUACGAACAUCUGGAGUAAUGUUGAAAUCAUACAAACAUUAACGAUUUUGUCAAAUGUUUAAUUUUGAGAGUGAUGAUAGAUGAUUUAUAAUAUUUAUGGGUAUAUUCUGACAGUCUGAAGUACUCAAACAUUUUCUUUUUACCACAGAGACCCAAAAUUACCUCAGAAUAACUAUAAUGCCCAAAGUUUACUGUGCAAAUAUGCACAACAAUGUGAACAUAUAAAUUAAAUGUGUUGUAGCUUCCCAAUUUUUUUAACCAGAUUAUCCUAUUCCUAAUGCCCACAUCAGUUGACAAAUAAAUGCUAGAGUAUUCCCAUUAGCCUUCAAUAUACCUCAUUUUUGGAAAUCAACUUAUAAAAAUGAAUUAAAAUUAUUUAUUUUUAUUUUCAUUUCAGGCCCGAUGGAGGAAAAUUGCGAGAUUGGAGAGGAGAAACAUGUCAAAACUGAAGAAAAAAGUCCCUCACAGACUGAAAAUGUAUUGCUGGACAAUGAGGAGAAACAUCAUGAUGUCAAAACUGGAGAAACAACUCACUCACAGACUGAAAAUAUUUCUUCACUAAAAAGAAAAGACAAGAAAUGUUUCACUUGCAGUCAGUGUGGAAAGAGUUUCACAUACAAACAUACUUUAUUGAUUCACAUGAAGAUCCACACCGGAGAGAAACCGUUCUCAUGUGAUCAGUGUGGGAAGAGUUUUGCACAUAAAGGGCAACUUAAGGAACACAUGAACAUCCACACUAGAGAGAAACUGCACGAAUGUGAUGAAUGUGGCAAAACAUUUUUGAGGGCUUUAGGCCUGAAGAGGCACCUCACAGUUCAUUCACAGGAGAAACCACAUUCAUGCUCUGUGUGUGGAAAGAGUUUUUCACGUCAGCAGAAUUUAAAAGUUCAUCAGAAAAGACAUACUGGUGUAAAAGCUUAUGUGUGCUUCGAGUGUGGGAAGAGUUUUAUUACGACUGUAGGUUUGAAACGGCACCAGAUGACCCACACUGGAGAGAAACCUUUCAAGUGUUCACACUGCGACGAGAGAUUCAGAUAUUCAGGAGCCUUGAAAUCACACGAGAGGAUCCACACUGGAGAGAAACCGUAUCACUGCACUCCAUGAGGGAAGAGUUUCAUACAAUCAUCUUCUCUACACAGUCAUAUAAAAUACAAUCACAGCAAGUAGAUCAUCUUCAGAUCCAGCACUCCUAACACUGGUGUGCACCCCGACACAAACCGCGCCCCAGUCCGAACUGAAAGGCCAGUGUGAAAGCACCCUCAGAGAGGUUUUCAAUAUAGAUUAUUUCUUAUUUACUACAUGACAAUGAGUAUCAGAGUCGUAGGAGGUCUGAGCGGCUUUAUUCCCUGCUGUCGUCUCCGCCGGUUUCAAAACAUGUCUCUGUUAUAUUGUCAUUUUCCACCCGUCUGCCACUUUGCAACAACACAACCUUGUUUCCGCAGAGAUGUUUCCAAUACAAAAGGCUGAAAGCAGCCUAAGGCCCUGUGUACACGAGAACGCUCGUGGGUGAAAACGUAAAAAUAUUUUAGCGGAUGUGCCUUUCGUUUACACGGCGACGGCGUUG